AUAAAACUGGCCGAAUCUUCCUACCUGGUUCGAGUAGUCUGAGUGCAUUGGGCAUCAGUGGUCUGCCGCCCGGAUCUCGGUCAUCCCUAAUCGCACGCUCUGGUCUAGGCCAGCCCAUAGCCUCAGCUGAGUCUGCCUCGCGGAUGGCUCGACCACCAAGUGUCUGCAGUUCUAGUCAGCUGCAUUCAGGUCCAGCUGGCGCAGGCUCAUUCCUUUCCGGCGUCGCUGGGUCGCAAGGUGAGUCAAAUGCUCCAACUGGAUAC